AUGGAACAUGAUUUACCGUCGAUUAAUAAAUCAUGGAAGUCACUUGUGAAGAGAAGAAACAAUUCUCAAGAAGGGGGUAAAUCAUCUUGGAAAAUGAAACCAAUUGUGGCGCUCAUGUGUACAGUACUUUUGAUCUUUUGGUAUAAGACUACAAACAUCCAGUAUGAACAGACAGAGAUAGAAGAAACAGAUUAUCCAUUUGAGAUGGCAAAGGAAUCUGAACCGGUCAGUGAUAGGUUGAAAGGCUUGCCAUAUGGUAUCAUACAGCCUAAAUCAGAUUUGGAGUUAAAGCCACUUUGGUCAAGUAGUAGUGUGAGAUCAAAGGGUGGCGAAUUGACGAACCGUAACUUGUUGGCAAUGCCUGUAGGAAUUAAGCAAAAGGAUAACGUUGAUGAUGUUGUAAAGAAGUUUCUUCCGGCGAAUUUCACUGUUAUUCUGUUUCAUUAUGAUGGAAACAUGGAUCAAUGGUGGGAUCUUGAGUGGAGCUCAAAAGCCAUACACAUUGUUGCACAUAACCAAACAAAAUGGUGGUUUGCGAAGCGGUUUCUGCAUCCAGAUAUAGUCUCUAUAUACGAUUAUGUUUUUCUUUGGGAUGAAGAUCUUGGAGUGGAGAAUUUCAACCCGGAAAAAUACCUGAAGAUAGUUAAAUCAGCAGGACUGGAGAUAUCUCAACCGGCUUUGCACCCAAACUCGACCGAAGUUCACCAUAGAAUUACAGUCCGGUCUAGAACGAAAAAGUUCCAUAGACGAGUUUAUGACAGUAGAGGCAAUAUGAAGUGCUCAAAUGCUAGUGAAGGACCUCCAUGCACAGGAUUUGUUGAAGGAAUGGCUCCAGUGUUUUCAAGAUCUGCUUGGUUUUGCACUUGGAAUCUGAUACAAAAUGAUCUUGUUCAUGGAUGGGGAAUGGAUAUAAAACUUGGAUACUGUGCUCAGGGUGAUCGGAGCAAGAAAGUUGGUAUUGUGGACAGUGAAUACAUCUUCCAUCAAGGCAUUCAAACUCUAGGUGGAAGCAAUUAUCCAGAGAAGAAGAACUCAGCUCGCAGUGGAGUCACAAGGAGACGAGGUUCUUCGACUUUUGAUCCAAGAACUGAGAUACGGAGGCAAUCAACAUGGGAGCUUCAAACUUUUAAAGAAAGAUGGAACAGAGCGGUUGCGGAAGACAAGAACUGGGUGGACCGGUCUUCAUCGACCCGGAACCACCGGGUCAGUAAUAACCGGAGACUGAAGCGGAGUAGUUUGAUUUCAAGAUUAGUGCAGAGGCAAGCUGAAGAGAUUACAAAAUAA